GCACCGCAGGGGCCCAGGAGGACUUCCGUUUCUCCCCGCAGCCAUUACGGCCCCUCGCGUCGGAAUCGCUGGGGUGGGCGUGGCCGUGCUGCGUCAUAGAGGGGGGCCGACGGGCCGUAUACGUUAUAGAGCGGGGCCGGCGGUCGGAACUCGGAAGUCCCGCGGCGAACGGAGGUCCUCGCCGGUCUCCCGGGUUCCUACCCGUCGGCUUCUCUCGCGAUCGCGAAGGCGGGAAUGCGGAUGGGAAGCGGCUUCGGUUGUGGGCUCCGCCUUUUGUCGCUGCCGGCGGUGUCUGGAGAGGAAUGGGGUCAGGAAUCCCUGACAUUCGGCGAUGUGGCCGUGGGCUUCACCCGGGAGGAGUGGCAGCUCCUGGCCCCCGCUCAGAAGGGCCUGUACCGGGACGUGAUGCUGGUGAACUACAGGAACCUGGUGUCAGUGGGGUGUCCAGCCUCCAAGCCAGAUGCACUCUCCAAGUUGGAAUGCAGAGAGGAACUUUGGACAUUAGAAGAUGAAAUUCACAGUCAAAUCUGUCCAGAAAUGAGGAAAUUUGGUGAUCCUCUGCAAUGUCACUUGCAAAAUCAAAGCAUUCAGAAGAGUGUGGAAGAAUGUGUGAAUAUGUUUGCAAAUAUUGUUAAUCACAGCAAAAGUCAUUUCCUGUUAAAGCAAAAUUGUGAUAUGCUUGACUCAUGUGAAAAACCUUUGAAAUCAGAUUUAAGUUUUGAAAACCAGAACAGAAGCUGUAACUUAGAGAAGUCUGCUGAAUUUAAUGGACAUGGGAAACCUCUUCUCCAUGCUAACCAUGAACAAUUUUAUACUGAAAUUAAAUGCUCUGUAAGUGCAAAACACAAUACAUCCCAGGUUACUAAGCAACAGGGAACUCACAACAUAGAGAAAGCCUAUAUAUGCAGCAAAAGUGGGAAAGCCUUCAUCAAGAUUUCUCAGUUCACUGGUCAUCAGAGAGUUCAUACUAGAGAGAAACCUCAUGGAUGCAGUAUGUGUGGGAAAGCCUUCUCCAGAAAAUCCAGGUUAACUGAACAUCAGCGAGUUCACACAGGGCUGAAACAUUAUGAAUGUCCUAAAUGUGACAAAGCCUUCCUCAAGAAAUCGCAGUUCAAUAUACAUCAGAAAACUCCUAUGGGAGAGAAACCUUACACAUGUACUGAAUGUGGGAGCAUCAAAAAUUGUCAGCUCAUUUAUCAUCAACAAACUCAUACAGGAGAGAAACCCCAUGGAUGCAGUCUAUGUGGGAAAGCCUUCUCUACAAAGUUUAGUCUCAAUACACAUCAGAAAACUCAUACAGGAGAAAAACCUUAUACAUGCAGCCAAUGUGGAAAAGGCUUCAUUGAAAAGAGGCGUCUUACUGCACAUCAUCGAACUCAUACUGGUGAGAAACCCUUUAUAUGCAAUCAAUGUGGGAAAGGUUUCAUGAAGAAUAGUCUUAUUACACAUCAGCAAACUCAUACAGAAGAGAAAUUGUAUACAUGCAAUGAAUGUGGAAAAGCCUUUUCAAUGAAGCACUGUCUUAUUGUACAUCAGCGGACUCAUACUGGAGAGAAACCCUAUACUUGCAGUGAUGGAAAAGGCUUCACCUUGAAGAGCCCUCUGAUCAGACAUCAACGAACACAUACAGGAGAGAAAUCCUAUGUGUACUGUGGGAAAGGCUUCACCAUGAAAAGUGAUCCCGUUGUGCAUCAGCAAACUCACACUGCGGAGAAACCCUACAUAUGCAGUGACUGUGGAAAAGGUUUCACUGUGAAAAGCCGCCUAAUUGUGCAUCAGCGAACUCAUACAGGAGAGAAACCCUAUGUGUGCAGUGAAUUUGGAAAAGGCUUCCCAGCAAAGAUCCGGCUGAUUGGACACCAGCAGACUCAUACAGGAGAGAAACCCUAUUUAUGCAGCGAAUGUGGCAAAGGCUUCACAGAAAAGAGUCAUCUCAGUGUAUAUAGGCACACUCAUACGGGAGAGAAGCCCUACAUAUGCAAUGAGUGUGGUAAAGGCUUAACUGGAAAAAGCAUGCUCAUUGCACAUCUGUGAACGCAUACUGGGGAGAAGCCGUAUAUAUGCAAUGAAUGUGGAAAGGGCUUCACCAUGAAGAGCACUCUUGGUGUACAUCAGCAAACUCACACUGGAGAGAAACCACACAGAUGCAAUGAAUGUGGGAAAGCCUUCAGGAAGAAGACAUGCCUCAUACAACAUCAGCGGUUUCACACAGCAAAGACUUCCUUUGCAUGUGCUGAAUGUGGAAAAUUUUCUUUGCGUAAAAAUGAUCUCAUUACCCAUCAGAGAAUUCACACAGGAGAGAAGCCAUAAGGAUGCAGUGAAUGUGGAAAAGCUCUCACUACAAAGUCAGGGCUCAAUGUCCAUCAAAGAAAACAUACAGGAGAGAGGCCCUGUGGGUGCAGCAAUUGUGGGAAGGCUUUUGCCCACUUGUCAAUCCUAGUUAAACAAAAGAGAAUUCACAGGUAGUCACUUUGGGAAAGGCUUUUGCCAGUUGUGAGCCCUCAAGAUAAUACGUAAUGAAGAAUAACAAUGCAAAGGUUGGUAUUGUCUUUAGUGAGCAAUUGCGUCAUAUUUUGUUGACAGAAUUUACAAACAACUCAUACAGUCAGCCUUGAAAAUAUUUCUUUACAUUAUAUGUCUAAAAAGUGUAUACUGAGAUAAACCCUGUGAAUGUGAUGGACUGGGAAGGCCUUCGGUGGGAACUAGACCCUGUCAUAUGUGGUCAUCAUAACCAUGAGUGAAUAUUUCUAGUUGGUAAAAUACAGCUGUGGGAAAGCCUUUGCUCAAGACCUCGGUGGUUUUUGGUUCACAGUAGAGAUACAGCAAUGGAGUUUCAGUCAUGUAUAUUGCAUCAUCACUUGCCAGGAAUCCAUACAGAAAUGACAUCAACACAUUCAAUGUGGUGGACUUAAGCUAAAUAUCAGACAAUUUACAGAAGGAAAGAAGCCUUGGGGAAAUGAUGAAUGAGAGCAUUCUGUCACAAGCCUGAACAGAUAACACAUCAGACAUUGGGGAAAGGAUACUUCAGCCAUAUUUCUAGUUGCCUUCUCAUUGUAUAAAUUUUAAAUAGUGCUAGUUACUCUUAUCACUGAUUAAAUUUUAUAUAUACA